UGUGUAUGUGUGUGUGUGUUGCUUUAGACUAGAACUAGUAGACUGCAUCAGGCUACAUUCUCUCCACUUUUUCACACUACUUAUUACGUAUUAAUACAAAUGUUAUAGUUGUAUUCUGCUUUACACAAACCUCUGUAAAGCAGAAAAAAAUCUACCUCACUUUUACACUGUUUGCUGCCUCACUCCUCCCCCACCCUCCUAACCCUAUGCCUUUGAAAAGAGGCGGGUCUGGCUUGAGUAAUCCUAAACCUGCCCCAUUCAGUGGCAUUACUGUAACAGGCUAAACAGCCUGAACCAGCGACAGCACAGGCUUCAGCAUUCAACAUUCACUCGUCAGACAAGCGCCUGGGACUCCAGCAGGCUCGCCCGGGCUGCUUCUCUCUGUCUCUUCAGCGCAGCGUGUCUUUCCACACUCACACUCAGAGAAAAAAGAGAAAGGAAACCGGAGUGAGGAAAGACAAGACAAGACAAGAAAAGAAAAGACACAGACCAAAGGAGGAGACGUCUACAAGCCUCAAGGUGUACUCGAGCUGAGGACGUGUGAAAGAUAGACUCUUUUAAGCUCUCUUUUAAGCACGCUGUCACACUGGAUUGCCGUAUCCAUGCUGUUGAGUAAGUCAACGUGAUUGCUUUCUGUCAGUCUGGCAUCGGAUAUGUCUAAAGAAGAUGUGGGCAGUACCGGAGAUGUGGUGCCAAACGCAAAGAAGGACUCCUGGGACUCCACUCGGAGCCAGGACAGCAUCGUUCUGGUCCAGAUGGCCACCCUCUCCAUGGAUAUGUUCACGCCUGGGGACUUUAAAGGAAAGUUCAGAAAGAUCCAGCCCAGGAAGAGACCUACUAUCAUCCGAGAGGGUACAACAGCAUCCCCUGUAGGAAAGCCGCCUCUCCCUCCAGUGAGCAGUGGUCAGGGCGAGAGGAAAGGUCCGGUCGUCAUCAUGCCGGUCACAGUGGACCCCGAAAGCAAACCGGGCGAAUACGUCCUGAAGAGCCUGUUCGCUAACUUCACUACACUGUCUGAACGCAAAAUACGCAUCAUCAUGGCAGAACCACUGGAAAAGCCUCUUACUAAAUCUCUACAGAGGGGAGAAGACCAUCAGUUUGAUCAGUUGAUCAGUACUAUGAGUUCCCUGGCUGAGUACUGCCUGCCCUCCAUCCUGCGCACACUUUUCGACUGGUACAAGCGCCAGAACGGCCUGGAGGACGAGUCUCAUGAGUACCGACCUCGGGCUAACACCAAGUCCAAGAAUGAUGAACAGCAGAAGGAUUAUCUAAUGGAAAGGAGGGAUUUGGCCAUAGACUUCAUAUUUUCUCUGGUACUCAUCGAGGUUUUGAAACAGAUCCCUCUCCACCCUCUCCUGGAUGGCCUCAUUCAGGAAGUCAUUAACCUAGCCUUUAAGCACUUCAAAUACAAAGAAGGGUACCUGGGGCCAAAUACAACCAACAUGCACAUUGUUGCUGAUCUUUAUGCUGAGGUGGUUGGAGUAGUGGCUCAAUCCAGGUUUCCAGCAGUAAGGAAGAAGUUCAUUUCGGAGCUGAAGGAGUUGAGGCAGAAAGAGCAAAGCCCUUAUGUGGUGCAGAGCACCAUAAGCCUGAUCAUGGGGGUCAAGUUCUUCCGCAUUAAAAUGUACCCCGUGGAAGACUUUGAGGCUUCAUUCCAGUUCAUGCAGGAAUGCGCCCAGUACUUUUUAGAGGUGAAGGAUAAAGACAUUAAGCACUCUCUGGCCGGCCUCUUUGUGGAGAUAUUGGUCCCGGUGGCAGCUACGGUGAAGAAUGAGGUUAACGUACCGUGUCUACGAAACUUUGUGGAAAGUCUGUAUGACACCACCUUGGACCUUUCUUCAAGGAAGAAGCAUUCUCUGGCUUUAUAUCCGUUGGUAACUUGUUUGCUGUGCGUCAGCCAGAAGCAAGUCUUUCUAAACCGAUGGCAUGUCUUCCUCAACAACUGCCUGUCCAACCUCAAGAACAAGGACCACAAAAUGGCCCGGGUGGCUCUGGAGUCCCUGUAUCGGCUGCUAUGGGUGUACAUGAUCCGGAUCAAGUGUGAGAGCAACACUGCGACACAGAGCCGCCUGACCACCAUCAUUUCCAACCUGUUCCCUAAGGGAUCCAGAAGCGUUGUUCCUCGAGACAUGCCUCUAAACAUCUUUGUGAAGAUAAUCCAGUUUAUUGCACAGGAAAGACUGGAUUUUGCUAUGAAGGAAAUCAUCUGUGACCUUCUCAGUGUUGGAAAAUCAGCUAAAGCAUUUAGUCUUAAUCCAGAGAGAAUGAACAUUGCACUUAGGGCGUUCUUAGUCAUAGCAGAUAACCUGCAGCAGAAGGAUGGAGAGCCGCCCAUGCCCAACACAGGAGCCACUUUACCCUCAGGAAACACCCUGAAGAAGAAGAAGACCUACUUGAGCAAGACUCUGACGGAAGAGGAGGCCAAACUCAUUGGUAUGGCGUUAUACUACUCCCAGGUGAGGAAGGCCAUUGAUAACAUCCUCAGGCACCUGGAUAAGGAGGUGGGCCGCUGCAUGAUGCUCACAAAUGUGCAGAUGCUCAACAAAGAGCCAGAGGACAUGAUCACUGGCGAGAGGAAGCCGAAGAUCGACCUCUUCAGAACGUGUGUGGCUGCCAUCCCCCGCAUUCUCCCUGAUGGCAUGUCCAAGCCUGAACUCAUUGACCUGCUUGCCAGGCUGACGGUGCACAUGGACAUCGAGCUCCGUUUAAUUGCCCAGAAUUCCCUGCAGAGUCUGCUGCUGGACUUCUCCGACUGGCGGGAGGAUGUUCUGUUUGGAUACACCAACUUCCUGCUGCGGGAGGUGCAGGACACCCAGCAGGGCCUGCAGGACACCUCGGUCAAACUGCUGCUGCAGCUGCUCACGCAGUGGAGGCUAGCCUUACAGGCGCCAGGCAAGCGUUCAGCAGAGCUGGCUCAGAGCUCCAGGUUGCCUGUAGAGCGCAGUCCUCACUCCACAGUGCUGCAUGCUGUGGAAGGCCUGGCCCUACUGCUGCUUUGCUCCUGUCAGACCAGCACACGCAAGCUCGCUGUGGCCGUGCUCAGAGAGAUACGCUGCCUCUUCACCGCCAUCGGCCAGGCUGAGGAUGACGAUAAGCCCAUGAUUGAAGUGAUGGACCGGCUCAGCCCCGCAGUCCUGGACAGCUUUGUUCAUGUGGCUGUGUCCGACUCUGCCACUCUGCCUCUGAGUCACCAAGUGGACCUGCAGUGGCUGGUGGAGUGGAACGCUCGUCUAGUCAACAGCCACUACGACGUUAAGAGCCCCUCUCAUGUGUGGAUCUUUGCCCAGUCUGUGAAGGACCCCUGGGUGCUGUGCCUUUACAGCUUCCUCCGACAAGAGCACUUGCCUAAACACUGCAUGAUGGCUCUGAGCUACGCCUGGCCUUACGCAUUCACACGCCUGCAGCUACUCAUGCCCUUAGUGGACCCCAACAGUCCGGUGUAUGCCAAAAAGACGAGCACUCCGGGUCCGGCUGAUGGCUAUGUGACGCUGUGGCGAAACUACCUGAUUCUCUGUCUGGGUGUUGCCAAGCCAAGCAUUAUGAGCCCGGGCCACCUUAGGGCCUCCACCCCUGAGAUCAUGGCUACCACACCUGAUGGCAGCAUCACCUACGACAACAAGGUCAUUGGAACCCCCUCAGUAGCCUGGCUCCUGAAGCAGCUGGUCCCUCUAAUGCGGCUGGAGAGCAUCGAGAUCACAGAAUCUCUGGUGCUGGGCUUUGGCCGGACCAACUCUCUUGUUUUCAGGGAGCUGGUGGAGGAGCUUCAUCCACUCAUGAAAGAAGCUUUAGAACGAAGACCUGAGAAUAAGAAACGCAGGGAGAGAAGGGAUCUGCUCAGACUGCAGUUGCUGCGUAUCUUUGAGCUUCUGGCUGACUCAGGGGUCAUCAGUGACAGCACAAAUGGAGCAUUAGAGAGAGACUCUCUGGCUCUGGGAGCUCUCUUCCUGGAGUAUGUGGAUCUGACACGCAUGCUUCUAGAGGCUGAGAACGAUAAAGAACUUGAGAUUCUGAAAGACAUCCGAGCUCAUUUCAGCGGCAUGGUGGCCAACCUCAUCCAGUGUGUCCCAGUGCACCACCGGAGAUUCCUGUUCCCUCAGCAGAGUCUGCGGCAUCACCUCUUCAUCCUGUUCAGCCAGUGGGCGGGCCCGUUCAGCGUCAUGUUCACGCCUCUGGACCGUUACAGUGACCGCAACCACCAGAUCACCCGCUACCAGUACUGUGCUUUAAAGGCUAUGUCAGCAGUAUUGUGUUGUGGGCCUGUCUUUGAUAAUGUGGGUCUGUCCACUGAUGGCUAUCUCUACAAAUGGCUGGACAAUAUCCUUGGCUGCCACGAUCUGCGGGUGCAUCGACUGGGCUGUGAAGUGGUUAUCUUGCUGCUGGAGCUGAACCCUGAUCAGUUGAACCUGUUUAAUUGGGCGGUGGAUCGCUGCUUCACUGGAUCCUACCAGCUGGCCUCAGGCUGCUUUAAAGCCAUUGCUACAGUGUGUGGGAGCAGAAACUAUCCCUGUGACCUUGUGACCCUGCUGAACCUGGUGCUCUUUAAAUCAUCUGACACCAGCAGAGAGAUCUAUGAGAUCUCCAUGCAGCUCAUGCAGGUUCUGGAGGCAAAGCUAUCAGUGUACUCUAAGAGAAUUGUGGGCCAGAAGUCAGGAAAUAUCCUAUAUGGCACCCAUCGCCCUCUGCCUCCUCUCUACAGUGUCUCUCUCUCACAGCUCUCCAACCAGCUCGCCUGCAUGUAUCCAGAGCUCACCUUGCCCCUCUUCUCAGAGGUCAGCCAGAGGUUUCCCACCACUCAUCCCAACGGCAGGCAGAUCAUGCUGACCUACCUGCUGCCGUGGCUGAACAACAUCGAGCUGGCAGAUACAGGACUCUUGCCCCCAGCCUCCAGCCCCUGCACCCCAGAGGAGGAAACCCGAGAGUCCUCAGACAGCAUAGGCCUUACUCACCGGCUCAAGGGCAAUGGCUGGGGCUCCCUGCAGGCCACCUCUCUGGUUCUUAACAAUCUGAUGUACAUGACUGCUAAGUAUGGGGACGAGCUUCCCGGCCCAGAGAUGGAGAAUGCGUGGAACGCUCUGGUGACCAACGACAAAUGGAGCAACAAUCUGCGAAUCACACUGCAGUUCCUCAUCAGUCUGUGUGGGGUUAGCAGUGACACCACACUACUGCCUUAUAUUAAGAAGGUGGUGAUCUACUUGUGUCGGAACAACACCAUUCAAACCAUGGAAGAGCUGCUGUUUGAACUGCAGCAGACCGACCCGGUCAACCCUGUAGUGCUGCACUGUGACAACCCACCGUUCUACCGCUUCGCUGCAAGCAGCAAGAUCUCAGCUGUGGCCUCAGGCACAACAUCCAGCAGCAACACUGUGGUGGCAGGUCAGGAGAACUUCCAGGACACAGAGGAGACAAAAAUGGCUCGAGAGAACGAGGAGAGGUUAAGUAAUGCUGCACGAGCCCAUAACCGGUUAGAGUCGCGUUACAGCAACAGUUCUGGCGGGUCCUAUGAUGAUGAGAAAAAUGACCCUCUCCCACCAUAUGCUGGCUGGCUGCUCAAUGUGUUGGACACCAACCGGCCCCAGCCUUUGCCCAUGCCAGUUAACGGAGGCUGCUGGGCACCUCUGGUGGACUACCUGCCCGAGACUAUCACACCUCGAGGGCCUCUCCACAGGUGUAACAUUGCAGUGAUCUUCAUGACUGAGAUGGUGGUGGACCACAGUGUACGAGAGGACUGGGCUCUGCAUCUUCCUCUUCUGCUGCACGCACUCUUCCUCGGUUUGGACCACUAUCGACCAGAGGUGUUUGAGCACAGCAAGCGGCUGCUGCUGCACCUGCUCAUCGCCCUUUCCUGCAACAACAACUUCCAGGUCAUUGCCUCUGUGCUGCUGCUCACCAGAGAAAUCAGCGACAACAAGACCCUCACUGUCAAAUCCAACUACCAGCCUGAAUACACACACACAGGUGGACUGGACUUCCUGAGGGAAUGGCAAGCAUCUCCUGUGGCAGACUCAGGCCUCAGCUCGUCCUCCACCUCCUCCAGUGUAAGCCUGGGCGGAAGUGUGGGAAACCUCCCUCAGAUCACCGCUGACCUGGAGGAGCUGGAGGAGUCCUCCACUGAGUCUGAGGAGAAGACCAACAAGCUUAUUGAGUUCCUCACUACCAGUGCCUGGAGUACUGUCCUGUUGUUACUUAGGGCCUUUGGACCACUCUGGUGCCAUGAAGACAUCACGCCGAAAAACCCUAACUCCAAGAGUGCUGAGCAGCUCGCCAACUUCCUGCGCCAUGUGAUGUCUGUGUUCAAGGAGACCAAAUCAGAUUUCCACCUAGAGCAGCAGCUAAGUGACGUCGCUCUUCAGACAGCUCUGUGUAGCUCAUCCCGACACUAUGCCGGACGCUCCUUCCAGAUCUUCAGAGCGCUCAAGCAGCCGCUUUCUGCCCACGCCAUCUCAGACCUGCUGUCACGGCUGGUGGAGGUGGUUGGAGAGCAUGGUGAUGAGGUGCAGGGUUAUGUAAUGGAGGUAUUGCUCACACUAGAGUCAGUGGUGGACAAUUUGGCUGAAUGCCUGAAAAACAGUGACCUGAUGGCUGCAUUAACCAGAGCCUCAUCUCCGGACUUCUUGGUCAGUGGCAAGUUGAACUGCAACCGCAAAAGCACGGGCCAGCUGAACCUCCUCCAGGAGGGUGGCACGUCUGAGCGCAGCCGGCACCAGCGCAGCUACUCUGUGCCCAAGAAGUUCGGCGAGAGCGGAGAGCGCUCAGCCUCAGACCCGCCGCGCAGCGCCACGCUGGACCGAAUCCAGGCGUGUACCCAGCAGGGUCUCGCCCGCUCAGCCCGCAGCACCUCGUCCUCCUCCACCCGCGCCGACGGCAGCACUGUCACCGAUCCCUCUCAUGCCAGCCACCCCUCCAACCUGCUGGCCACCAUCUUCUGGGUGGCCGUUUCCCUCAUGGAGUCAGAUUUUGAGUUUGAGUAUCAGAUGUCUCUGAGGCUGGUGCACAAGCUGCUGGCACGGGUUCCCCUGGAGCUUCCGGAGAACCGCGAGCGCCUGGAGAAGCUGCAGGCUCAGCUGAAAUGGAGCGGGUUUGCCGGCCUGCAGCAGCUGAUGCUCAAGGGCUUCACCUCGCCAGCCACGAGUGACCUCACCCUGCAGCUCUUCUGCCAACUCACGCCGGUGUCCAGAGUGGCGGUGGUGGAUACGUCUCAGGCUAUAGGCUUCCCUCUGAAUGUGCUGUGUCUACUUCCUCACCUGGUGCAGCAUUUUGACUCCCCGACUCAGUUCUGCAAAGAGAGUGCCGAGAGGAUAGCGCAGGUGUGUCUAGAAGAGAAGGAGAGAAACACAAAGCUGUCUCAUCUUGCUCAUGUAAUGACCCUGUAUAAAACCCGGUCCUACACCAGAGACCCCUUCUCCUGGGUCAGCGUGGUCUGCCGCUACUUGCACGAGGCUUUCUCUGACAUCACACUUAGCAUGGUGACUUACAUGGCUGAGUUAUUGGAUAAGGGAUUACCCAGCAUGCAACAGCCUUUGCUGCAGAUCAUCUACAGUCUGCUGAGUCACAUGGACCUGGCAGGCAUUCAGGUCAAACCCUUCAACGUGGAGGUGCUCAAAACCAUUGAGAAGUUUGUACAGACCGUCCACUGGAAGGAGGCUCUGAACGUUCUGAAGCUGGUGGUGUCUCGCUCAGCCAGUCUGUCUUUACCUUCUUAUGCUCAUGGGGAUCUGGCCAAUCUGGAGGUCAGUCGUAUGAUGUGGGACGGCUCAUCCAAAGCCCUGCCUGGCAAAACUCUGGACUUCCACUUUGACAUCUCUGAGACACCAGUGAUUGGCCGCAGGUAUGAUGAGCUGCAGGGCUCAGGAGGAAGAGAUGGGAAAUCUCGGGCCAUAGCAGUGACGCGCAGCGCUUCCUCCACUUCCUCUGGCUCCAGCUCCAACCCUGUUCUGGUUCCUGUCAGCUGGAAGAGGCCGCAGUCAUCACAGAAGAGAACGAGAGAAAAGCUGGUGAAUGUGUUGUCACUGUGUGGGCAGGAAGUUGGACUUACCAAAAACCCAUCGGUGAUCUUCUCCUCCUGUGGUGACCUGGAGCUCAUGGAGCGCCAGCCAAGCCAGGUGUCCUCUGAGGAUGGCACGCGAGAGGACACGCUGGACGACACUGCCUCAGAGCAGCAGUUCCGUGUCUUCAGAGACUUUGACUUCCUGGAUGUGGAGCUAGAGGAUGGAGAGGGUGACAUCAUGGACAGCUUUAACUGGGGAGUGCGGCGGCGCUCUCUGGACAGCACAGACCUGACGGAGCUGCUGGAGGAGAGUCAGCACUCGGACAGCACGCCCAGCCUCGGGCCCCACGACCCCCAUCACGACUCAGACGACUCAUCUGAGGAGGAGUCCAACUCCACCAGCCAAAGCCUGUCCCACUCCCAACUCACCAUGAACCUCUCCCCUUCAGAAGAUACCAAUCACACUGACUCUCUGUCCACCUCCUAUGACACCACAUCUGCCGACCCAAACUCUCUGAAUGCAGCCACGCCCUGCCUGGGGACGUCCCUGCCCGACGACACUAUCAUUCCACCUCCGUUGCCCGAAGACGAGGACAGUAAUGUGCAGGAGGACGACCUGUCGUUCUGUGUGAGUGAGCUGCCGCCGGGGUUUGACUGCGGCUCCAGCUUCAUUCUGGACUUUCCACCAGAGCCUGAGCGAUCAGAGAUGGACCUGAACCCAAACUGUCUUACAGGCUACAGUUUCGGGGAGGACAGAGAUGAUCUGGACGAGCUGGGCUUUCCUCCGCCCCCCUCUCCGUUCUUCUCGGCCAUCUUGGCUGCCUUUCAGCCAACGGUGUGUGACGAUGCUGAGGAGGCGUGGCGGACGCACAUCAACCAGCUGGUGUGUGACUCGGACGGCUCGUGUGCCGUUUACACCUUCCGCAUCUUCUACUCGCUGUUCCAGAACAUCCAGAACAAGUUUUCCUCCCUGACCAUCGAUGCUGCUGCUUACCUCGGAGACAGUCUGAGAGGAAUCGGCACAAAGUUUGUGAGGUCAUCCCAGAUGCUGACGACAUGUUCAGACUGUCCCACACUGUUUUUGGAUGCUGAUACGAUCAUGUCCUACGGGCUGCUGGAGAAAAUGAAGUUCUGUGUGUUGGAGCUGCAGGAAUACUUGGACACUUACAACAACAGAGAGGAAGCAGCUGUCUCGUGGCUGCAGAACUGCAAGGCAACAUUUCCCAGAUGCCCUGACGAUGGGGUGAUCACCUGUCAGCCUGGAGACACAGAGGAAAAGCAAAUGGAAUCUCUGGCUCAACUGGAGCUGUGCCAGCGGCUGUACAAACUGCACUUCCAGCUCCUGCUGCUUUUUCAGUGCUACUGUAAGCUGAUUGUGAAAGUCAGCAGCAUCAGUUCUGUACCAGAGCUGAUGAACAUGUCUCGUGAGCUGGGAGAGCUGAGGUCCAGUCUGCAGUUGGCAGCAACAGGAACAGCCGGUGACGAGGAUCAGCAGCAGCUGCCUGGCCACCAGCUUAGCUUUGCCACCUCAGAAGCAGCUGUUCAGGCCAUCCUUGAGUGCCUGAGGAACAGCCAGUUCAGCGCAGCCGUCCGCCACAUCCGGCAGUGCAGACGGCUGUGGCCAAACGACAUCUUCGGCGGGAACUCUGAGGACGAGGUGCAGACGCUGCUGAACAUCUACUUCAGACACCAGUCUUUGGGUCAGACCGGCACGUUCGCCUUGGUGGGCUCCAGCCAGGACACGUCGCAGAUCUGCACCAAGCUGAUGGAGCUCAGCGGAGAGAUCCGGGACAUGAUCCGCCGCGCCCAGGGGUACCGGGUGGUCUCAUCCGGCCUCCCGGACUCCAGCGCGUCCGCUGUGAGUCUCUGACAGGAGGCCUGCAGCCCCUCAGACCAGCCCUGGCCUGGGCCCCCCGAUCACUGGAUACCCCCUUAGACACCCAGCCCCUCCUGUUCCAACCCCGCCCCUAUGCUCCGCCCCCGAUGCCCCCCGUUCCAGGCCAUGACCAGUGUGCUGUCUGGGAGUGCUGCUGUGCUUUCAAGACUUUAUCCCACAAACUUGUGCCCUACUUAGGGAAACUUGGAGUGUCCUUGACUUUGUUGAAUAGGAAGGGGCACCUGAGAGUGAACAUGACUUCAGGUUCUCAGAUGUGCAGCAAUACUGGAGAAACUGAACUGCUACUGUGCGACACUUCGGAUUAAUAAGUCACUCAGUCACGUUUUUCUUUUUUUAUUAUUAUUAUUGAUAUAAUUGCACUAUGUUGAGUUUUCUAGAUCAAAUAUCGCAAUGAUGGAAGAAGGAGGAAGUCCUGUUUGCUACUGAGAAUUGAAUUAUGCUGCAUUUUUUUUGUUUUUGGUAAGAAAUCGCCAAAGCUGGUAGGAACUUCUACUAAAGGUGUCUGAUCUGUAUAGUGUCCACUGGGAAACGUGCAAUGAAGGAUCACUGAACUGGAUGCCUUUCUGCUGUGUUGCUCGAGAAUGUUCUAAAUGAACUAAACUGAUCUUCUGUGAAUACGACACGCGGGGUCGCGCAUUGCUUUUGUAUAACUGUUCGAGUUGGAUAAAAAAAAAAAAAAAAACUAAAA